AUUUGAAUAAUUGCUCACAAGUACCUGAAUUUGACUCAUUGCCUGAUUUUGUGAAGCUUGUGGAUUAUAAAAAUCUAAGCAUUCAUAUUUUUUCAGGUGAAACUGAGAUGAUAUUAGCAACAGUGAAAACCUGGGCUGGAUUAUGUCAUCACAAUAUGAAAAUAUGGAAUCACAAGGAAGUUCCCAACAGCAGAAUAGCAGUUUCUUGGUUCACUUCCCCAGCAUAGUCAGUGAACUGAUAUACUUAUCCAAAAUUCCAAUUGUGCUGGACGGAAUUUUUGGGGAUUCUGGUCAGAGAGGUACCCUGCAAGGUGUGGGCUGUGGGGCCAGGCAAAUCCCAGCAUUCAAUGAGUUUCCUCUUUUGAGGCGCCUGGCAGAACUCAGUGGGUCCCAUUCUGGACUGGGUUCCACCAACACACCAGUCCAGCCCAGCCUUUUCUCCAGACUUGAGCAAAGCCAGAUGCAACUGGGCAACCAAAACGGGGCAACAGAAAGGGGGACUGGGCAAAUGACCGCAAACCAGACAAUGCAUCUAGUAUGCACAAUGACCUUGUCAUCUGCUUUGGAGCAGCAAAUCAUGGCAGGAAGAGCAGAUAUGGUACUUGGCAACUGGUUCCCAAACAGAUGCGUCACUGGUCUCUGCUUGAACCAGCUCAUGGCAGAAACUACAUUUGCAGCAUUGGUUCCUGUGCCACCAAAUGAGCUGUUGUCUUUCAUCCAGCCCUUCAAUGUGGCUUCUUGGUUGCUCAUCAUACUAAGUCUCCUAUCUAUGGCUCUCCUACUCAAAUUCAUUUUCAAAAACCAAAAGUAUCACUGGUUGGACCUUUUGGGAUGUCUGAUUGGCCAAGGAAUGACAGAGUCUACACCUGUACCUGAGAAACUCAGACUUUUUCCUUUUACAAGCUGGCUUUGGGGCAGUUUUCUCAUAUACAUAAUCUACACUGCAGUGCUUUUUGAUUUCUUCAUGAACCCUGAGGGUAGAAGAAUCACCUCUUUGGCAGGGAUAGCCAGCUCUGAAUACAAGGUCAUGGUGAAUCCAUUUUCUUUGCCCCUGAAUCAAGCUUUUGACAAGAAUCCUGAUCCAGUGUUACAUGGAAUAAGAGCAAAAAGGAUACCAUUGGCACCUGAAAACUAUUUCCCUCACAUACCAAGGACAGACACCAUAUUGUUUGAUGAGGCAUUCCUCAUCUACCUGAGGGCAGUUGGAAUGUCUAGAGACAACUUCACCAUGAGCAACUUCUAUGUUUUGCCACUGGACAAAAAGAUCUUCCCCCCUUUGUACAGGACAUAUUUCUUUAGAAAGGAUCACCCAGAUCGCGCAAAAGCAGAGAUGGGACUGGAAAAGUACAUUCAGCAUGGAUUAGCAAAGUAUGAUGAGUCCAAGUACAUUAGGAUUGUCAAGGAGAUGCUGAGUGCAACUUCAAAAGCAGGGCAAAGCAGAGACUUACACCCUGUGCAACUGGAACACAUCAAGGGUGUUGCAUUUUGCCUUUUGGCGGCCUACAUAGGCAAAGAAGCAGAGCUCAUCAGGAGCAUGGACCCCAAGCCCAAAUGCUGUCCUUCACUCAACUGUGUAAAUGCUUGUAAGGUUCAAGUGCAAGACAAAUAUGGACUGAGGGACAUCAGUAGGAGAGACAUCUGUGAAGAGCUGCAGGAAGCUUCUACUUCUUACUGGCCAAUGCUGGUUUUUGUGCUUGCUAUUGGGGUCAUGGGAUAUUCCAUUUUCACAAACAUGGUGGAUUGGGUGGAUGAGGAUCCCACCAAUGAAGAAGAAGGUGGUUCUGAGCAACAGUCUGUUCCUGGAGAUCCACCCAAGAUGGCAGCUUACAGAGCAUUCUUUGGCAAGGCCAAAGAAACUGCUGGUGAAGCUAAAGUGGAAGGUGCAAAGGGGAAUGCGUCUUGUGAGCCUCCACCCUGUUUCAACCCAUGUGAUACAAAGUGCAAGAUUAGGUACACCAUGAGGCCAUUUAAGCCUGAGGACAAGUGUUCCACUUUUGAGUCAUGGACAUAUGGCCUCAAGAUGCUGGGUUUUGCUGCAGCUGUCCUGGCAUUGGCUUACUCCGUCUAUGCUAACAUGGGCGAAAGUGAAGAGAAUGGAGAUCCAGAGUCAGGAGCAGCAGCAGAAUGA